AUGGCAUUAGUUAAUGCCACCAACUCCUCCACUAAUGGUAAAUAUUUUUCUUGUGAGGAAGCCUCUGUCAAACUCUUUCCUUGUGCCUCUUCUCACCAGGCUUUAUCUACUUAUUGUCUUCUUGGAAAAGUUGUGGCCCCGAUGGUAGUUAAUGAGACCACCAUUAUUGAUUUUGUGGAAAAAGUGUGGCAGUUUAAUGUGACAGUGGUAGCUUUGAAAGAGGGUGCCAACAACAAUAACUGCUUUGAGUUUGGAUUCUUAAGUGCUGAAAACCGUACUUGGGCACUUGAUAACGGACCAUGGUGUGUCCGAGGUUAUACCCUCAUUUUGCAAGCUUGGGCACCAAGGAAGGACCUAUCUGCCAUCUUUGACUGUGUGAGAACCUGGAUACACAUUCAUAACCUCCCAAGAGACUACUUCUCAAUUGUUAAUGGAAAAACCUUGGGGGUCAAAGCUGGCAAAGUAUUAUUUGUCGAUUUGGAUGAAGGUAAACUUGCUCUUUGGAAUAAGUCUCUCAAAAUAUUGAUUAGUCUGAAUGUUAACCACCCUCUGUUCUCGGGCUGUUACUUUGAACUGGAAUCGGGUAGCCACAAGUGGUUACAAUUCAAAUAUGAGAAGUUAGGUAUCUUCUGUUAUAACUGUGGAAAAUUGGGGCAUCAAAGAAGAGGAUGUUCUCUCUCUUCUCCAGUCACGGUUGCAAGCAAAAAUGGGGUUCCUUUCCCUAUGUUUGGGCCGUGGUUGUCUACGGAUUCGUCGUACCUGGAUGUGUUCUCAGGUGCCAACUCCUUCACUCCGGCAUCGGCUUCUGCGGCUCUAGUAAGCCCUGGUACGCUUCGCUCUAGGAAUCGACUGUUGGCCAUGGCUGUUGGUGCGAAGGGUCCUGUUCGACGGAGCUCUGGGCCUCGGUCAUUGAAUCGAUAUGUGAUGGCGACAGGUCGUAGCUCUCUGAAGGGGGGUUAG